AUGUCCGAGCCCGGCCCCGAAUCAGUUCCAACUAGUGCCGACCCCCGAAGCAAGCGGCCGACCAAGCGCCGUGCAGUCACGCCUCUCUCGGAGCAGGCAAACCAGAUUGAGAGUCUGUUCAAAGAUCCCUCCAAGGAGAUCAGAUUACCCAGCGCGCCAAAAGAGCGCACGUCUUCUUCCCUCGCGCCGCCUCCGGAGAUUGUGGCGAAUGUCCAGGGUUCCUCGGCGGGUGCGGGGUCCGGAGAGUUCCAUGUCUACAAGGCCAGUCGGCGACGUGAAUACGAACGUCUGCGGCUAAUGCAAUCGGAAGUCGAGAAGGAAAAAGGCGACGCCGAGUGGGAGAAACAAAGGGAGGAAGCGAAGCGUAAAGAUCUCGAGAAGACCGAGAAGAAUCGGCGGCGGCGCGAGAAAAAGCGGGCGGCACGGACUGGGAACAAGAAGGAUGGUAGCAGCGGGACGAUGGAGAACGAAAAGUCAUCAUUUAGAGGACCAUUGCCUCCGAAUCCAGACAUGGACCAGGGCGUCGAAGGCAUGGACGGUGUGACGUCUGCCGAGGUUCCGGGGGUGAUCAUUCACGACGAGGAUUGA